UUGAGGGCAAUCAUAAUGCUGAUGCGGCCCGCCAUGAAAUUGUGUUUGACACCCCUGUCCUAAGGUGUAGCUAGCACCGGGAGUUGGGAUUAAUGGUCUUGGAGCCAUUGAUUAAUAUUAGCCUUACAAGAUGCCCUACAACCUUUACUUUUCCUACCUACCUCCUCCUACAGCAUAUCAAGGAAUACAGGUACACUUUAACACAAGGGGAAGGUACCUUUGGCACUCCAGCUGUUCUGGAACUACAAGUCCCAUAAGGCACUCCUAGAGGCAGGGGCACAGCUGGAGUACCAAGGUUGCCUAUCUCUGCUUUAACCGUAUUGAGCAACUCAGAACCUUCACUUUGAUCAGACUGUAAUAAUGUUCUAUAUCUUCUCUCUGAUGGUAAUCUUAUGAAAUGGGAUCACUCUUCACCUGUGUGUGGAAUCGGAGGGGAUCUAGCUGGAUCACUGGAUCCCUCGCACACAGCACCUUCCUCCACCUACAACAGUGAUGUCAUAAGAACUUCUGUAGCUUUCUCUGUGUUUUGUUGGACUUCUUCCGUCAUCGGCUUCCAAGAGAACAGAAUGGUCGUUGGCUUUUGUUGGAUGGAGGACAAUGACCGGAUCUCGAGUCACAAUCCACAUUCAGAACCGAAGUCCAGGUGAACGGGAAAUGGAGAACUUCCAAAUAUCUGCAACCUGGUUGACCAAGGUGUUGUCCUGAAGAUGCCUCCAAGGUUGAAAUUGUUAUGGGAGAGCAUUCUAAGGGGGGAGACGCCUACUAAGCAUUUAGCAUGCAGCUUAGCCUAGUAACCCCAAACCGACCCACAGCUUCCAAACCGCGCAUUCCAGAUCUCACCCAAUACAGACAUCGGAGUAUCAACUGCGCAUUCCAGAUCUCACCCAAUACAGACAUCGGAGUAUCAACCGCGCAUUCCAGAUCUCACCCAAUACAGACAUCAGAGUAUCAACCGCGCAUUCCAGAUCUCACCCAAUACAGACAUCAGAGUACCAACCGCUCCUUCCAGAUCUCACCCAAUACAGACAUCAGAGUAUCAACCGCUCAUUCCAGAUCUCACCCAAUACAGACAUCAGAGUAUCAACCGCGCAUUCCAGAUCUCACCCAAUACAGACAUCAGAGUAUCAACCGAGCAUUCCAGAUCUCACCCAAUACAGACAUCAGAGUACCAACCGCUCCUUCCAGAUCUCACCCAAUACAGACAUCAGAGUACCAACCGCUCCUUCCAGAUCUCACCCAAUACAGACAUCAGAGUACCAACCGCUCCUUCCAGAUCUUACCCAAUACAGACAUCAGAGUAUCAACUGCGCAUUCCAGAUCUCACCCAAUACAGACAUCAGAGUAUCAACCGCGCAUUCCAGAUCUCACCCAAUACAGGCAUCAGAGUACCAACCGCUCAUUCCAGAUCUCACCCAAUACAGACAUCAAUCAACCGCGCAUUCCAGAUCUCACCCAAUACAGACAUCGGAGUAUCAACCGCGCAUUCCAGAUCUCACCCAAUACAGGCAUCAGAGUACCAACCGCUCCUUCCAGAUCUUACCCAAUACAGACAUCAGAGUAUCAACUGCGCAUUCCAGAUCUCACCCAAUACAGACAUCAGAGUAUCAACCGCGCAUUCCAGAUCUCACCCAAUACAGGCAUCAGAGUACCAACCGCUCAUUCCAGAUCUCACCCAAUACAGACAUCAAUCAACCGCGCAUUCCAGAUCUCACCCAAUACAGACAUCGGAGUAUCAACCGCGCAUUCCAGAUCUCACCCAAUACAGGCAUCAGAGUACCAACCGCGCAUUCCAGAUCUCACCCAAUACAGAUAUCAGAGUACCAACCGCUCAUUCCAGAUCUUACCCAAUACAGACAUCAGAGUAUCAACCGCGCAUUCCAGAUCUCACCCAAUACAGACAUCAGAGUACCAACCGCUCCUUCCAGAUCUCACCCAAUACAGACAUCAGAGUACCAACCGCUCCUUCCAGAUCUUACCCAAUACAGACAUCAGAGUAUCAACCGUGCAUUCCAGAUCUCACCCAAUACAGACAUCAGAGUAUCAACUGCGCAUUCCAGAUCUCACCCAAUACAGACAUCAGAGUAUCAACCGCGCAUUCCAGAUCUCACCCAAUACAGGCAUCAGAGUACCAACCGCUCAUUCCAGAUCUCACCCAAUACAGACAUCAAUCAACCGCGCAUUCCAGAUCUCACCCAAUACAGACAUCGGAGUAUCAACCGCGCAUUCCAGAUCUCACCCAAUACAGACAUCAAUCAACCGCGCAUUCCAGAUCUCACCCAAUACAGGCAUCAGAGUACCAACCGCGCAUUCCAGAUCUCACCCAAUACAGACAUCAGAGUAUCAACCGCUCCUUCCAGAUCUCACCCAAUACAGACAUCAGAGUACCAACCGCUCAUUCCAGAUCUCACCCAAUACAGACAUCAAUCAACCGCGCAUUCCAGAUAUCACCCAAUACAGACAUCAGAGUACCAACCGCGCAUUCCAGAUCUCACCCAAUACAGACAUCCGAGUACCAACCGCGCAUUCCAGAUCUCACCCAAUACAGACAUCAGAGUAUCAACCGCUCCUUCCAGAUCUCACCCAAUACAGACAUCAAUCAACCGCUCCUUCCAGAUCUCACCCAAUACAGACAUCAAUCAACCGCGCAUUCCAGAUAUCACCCAAUACAGACAUCAAUCAACCGCGCAUUCCAGAUCUCACCCAAUACAGACAUCAGAGUAUCAACCGCGCAUUCCAGAUCUCACCCAAUACAGACAUCAGAGUAUCAACCGCGCAUUCCAGAUCUCACCCAAUACAGACAGAGUACCAACCGCGCAUUCCAGAUCUCACCCAAUACAGACAUCAAUCAACCGCUCCUUCCAGAUCUCACCCAAUACAGACAUCAGAGUACCAACCGCUCCUUCCAGAUCUCACCCAAUACAGACAUCAAUCAACCGCGCAUUCCAGAUCUCACCCAAUACAGACAGAGUACCAACCGCUCCUUCCAGAUCUCACCCAAUACAGACAUCGGAGUAUCAACCGCGCAUUCCAGAUCUCACCCAAUACAGACAUCAAUCAACCGCUCCUUCCAGAUCUCACCCAAUACAGACAGAGUACCAACCGCGCAUUCCAGAUCUCACCCAAUACAGACAUCAGAGUAUCAACUGUGCAUUCCAGAUCUCACCCAAUACAGACAUCAAUCAACCGCUCAUUCCAGAUCUCACCCAAUACAGACAGAGUACCAACCGCGCAUUCCAGAUCUCACCCAAUACAGACAGAGUAUCAACCGUGCAUUCCAGAUCUCACCCAAUACAGACAGAGUACCAACCGUGCAUUCCAGAUCUCACCCAAUACAGACAUCAGAGUAUCAGCCGCGCAUUCCAGAUCUUACCCAAUACAGACAUCAGAGUAUCAACCGCGCAUUCCAGAUCUCACCCAAUACAGACAUCAGAGUAUCAACCGCUCAAAUAACAGAGAUUCCAGAGCGCAAAUGCCUCUUUGGGACUUUUAAUGCAGCUUGGAAUGUAUCGCACAUUUUUGAUAAUAUGAAAAGAAUAUAUUUUUACAAAAAAAAAUUAAAAUAAUCAUGUGAAAUACUAAAAACGUACAUGGUAGCCGUGACAAGGCCAAAAACAUAAUGACAAUCAUAAAAAAAAUCCAUAUAAUGUGA